ACACUACUUGGACCUUUCUUGGAUACUUUCGAACAACUCCUUUAUCAAGCAUGUUUACAAUAUGAGUGCUCCAAGCGUUUGAGAUGCUAGAAUCUUACGACUCUGGCCUGGGGUCUUCACCAAUUCCAGACAAAGGCCCUGCUGCAGGCAGCAGAUCUCCAUUGGAUUUGAGCGCAUUCCCAGCGAUAUAUCUUGUGGCAUCGCACUUUGACACGGAUGAAUUACACGAGUUUGAAGAAGAGCUUGAUUUGGCACAUGCCUCCAUCACUUACUCGCUCGAUGAAGCACACAUUGUACUGACUCGAGCUCUGAAGAAAGCUCGCAUCAAGCUUGAUUUGCGAUCAAAAGGCCUUCAUACCGAAGAAGUGCUGCAGUCCGAUCCGGCUUGGGCACUGGCGUCUCAAGACAGCGCGUAUGGGUCGCAGCCCGCAACGAAUAAACGCAAGCUUGUUGAGCUGGAGGCUGCGCAGGAAGGCAAACCCAACACGACCCUCAUCGACGACUCCAGCACGGAUUCUGAGGGUGAUACUGUGCGCAAGAAGAGAUUGAAGAAUCUGGUCAACUCUCCUUUGGCUGAAAGUGGCAGCCUCCUAGAUCAUCCGAAACCACAGACUGACCAGCAGCAAGAUCGGAUCGUGAAAGUGGUUCGUACGGAUUGGUUUACCGAGUCACGAGCUGCUGGACAGCCACUCCCACUUAAGAAUUAUAUCUUGUAUGCAGGCCGUGUGAUCAAGCCAGGUACAGAGAAAACACCAACCACAUAUGGCGCCCACGGAAAGCUACCAGAUCGCAGAACGGGAAACAACCAGCACAUCUCAUCACAUGCAGCUGCAGCAGAAACGCCUCUACUAGGUAGCAGUAAUACCAUACUGCAGCGUGCACAAGACGACGCGCCGGCAUCGUCGCAGGGCCAGGCUGCCAAGGAUCGCUUUGGAAGUCGCAAGCACCAUCAUCCACAUACCAGGAUCCCAUCUGCCAACCCAGCUAGCUGGGAAGCUGGUCGAGGCACAAAACAAGAAUAUGCACAUCUCCUGCAGCAGACCACUACCGACUACGAAGGCACUUCAAGCGACAUUCCCGAGCCCCCGGAGUGGGUCAAGGCACAUGUCAAGUACGCGUGUCAACGAUCAACCCCCAAAGACAAUCCCAAUGACGUGUUUAUCGAUUUGCUAGGACGGAUCAAGUUUGCACGAUUACUGACCAACGAUGAGAUUGGUGUGCGAGCGUAUGCAACUUCGAUUGCUGCGUUGCGUUCACAUUCUUAUGAAAUUAGCAAUCCACAGGAGAUUCUGCGAAUACCUGGUUGUGAUGCCAAGAUUGCCAACUUGUGGGUGGAGUGGAAGAACAAUGGCAAGAUCAAAGCUGUCGAAGAGGCCGAAAAAGAUGAAGACUUGAAGAUUCUGAAGCUGUUUUGGAAUAUCUGGGGCGUAGGCGUGACCACUGCGCGCGAGUUUUACUACGAUAGAGGAUGGCGAGAGCUCGAUGACAUUGUGGAAUAUGGAUGGUCAACAUUACAGCGAGUGCAACAGAUUGGGGUGAAAUACUACGAUGAGUUCCUGGAUCCCAUCCCACGAGCUGAGGUGGAAAGCAUCUGCAAGGUGGUACACCAGCAUGCCGUCAAAGUGCGAGAUGAUGGGAUUCAGUCCAUGAUCGUCGGCGGUUAUCGGCGAGGCAAGGAAGCGUGCGGAGACGUGGAUAUUGUAAUCUCACAUCCCGAUGAAGCAGCCACGCAUAACGUGGUCGAGGACAUUGUUGCCAGCUUGGAGAACGAAGGAUGGAUCACCCACACGCUGACACUCUCCAUAAACAACUCCAAGCGUGGUCAACAGACACUCCCUUUCCGCGGUGACGGUGGCGGACAUGGCUUCGACACCCUAGACAAGGCACUGGUGGUGUUCCAAGAUCCCUCGUGGCCAAGCAAAGAUGAGGACCUAGCCAUGAACCCCAAGGCCAAGAAUCCCAACAUUCACCGCAGAGUCGACAUCAUCAUCGCACCAUGGCGUACGGUAGGCUGCGCUGUAGUCGGCUGGAGUGGCGGGACGACAUUUGAGCGUGAUCUGAGGCGAUACGCAAAGAAUGUCAAAGGCUGGAAAUUCGACAGCUCGGGUGUUCGAGAUGUCGGAAAUGGCCAGUUUCUGGAUCUGGAAGGAUAUUUCCAGUAUGGUGAUAAAGAGGGCGUGGAAGGGCGGGCGAUGACGAUGGAGGAGGCGGAGCGGAGAGUGUUUGAAGGGUUUGGGUUGGAGUACAGAAAGCCUGAUGAACGUUGCACUCAAUAGUAGUAGAGAGGUAGGAGGUACGAAUAUCUUACUAGGAGGUAGUAAGGUACCAUUUGGCUCGGUCGAACUACCUAGUAAAGUAACGUGAGCCAGUCCUAAGGCAAUCAGGCGCCAGGCGAGAAAAGGGCUGGAGGUGAGGCAAGCUUUUCACUGCAUCGUGACACGACAUCACCGCCCGACGCAGUUCGUAUACCGAUGCGCGUGUUGUGGUCUCGUAAGCAGCAAAAUCCAUGCAGCCGCCAGUGCCACAACCCACGCGGGAUUAUUUUGUGUUUUGUGUUUUGAGGUGUGAACGUGGCGGUUUAGUUACAAAACGUGGAGUGUCGGUGGGCCACCACAUCAUAUCACAUGCGCCUGGGAGCUCGGCAGGGUACGGGCGGUUCAAUAAUUCUAGUUUUAGUUCCAAACUCAUUCAGGUUCCGUCAAGGUUGGAUUUCUGGAUGUGGUU